GCAUUCCCAACACGAGGAAACCAAAACCAGAAGAGAAUCCAUACCACACAUCUCACCAAAAUGCCUUCCUCUUCCACAACCAUAGUCUCUAAAUGCACAAUCUACCCGGACCAAGAAUCAAACAUGAAACCUUUGAAGCUCUCUGUUUCUGACCUUCCAAUGUUGUCAUGCCACUACAUCCAAAAGGGUGUGUUACUCACUGCCCCACCCCACUCCUUCGAAGACCUAAUUGUAUCUCUUAAACACUCUCUUUCUAUCGCACUCUCUCACUUCCCCGCCCUCGCGGGCAGGCUGUCCACCGAUUCUGCCGGUUACGCUUACAUCGACUGCAACGACGCUGGCGUCGACUUCAUCCACGCUAAGGCCAAGCACUUAACUCUGAACGCUGUCGUUUCACCGUCACUUGUUGACGUUCACCCUUGCUUUAAGGAGUUCUUCGCCUACGACAUGACGAUAUCUUAUUCCGGCCACCAUAACCCCCUUGCCGCCGUCCAAGUCACCGAGCUCGCCGACGGUGUCUUCGUCGGCUGCACCGUCAACCACGCCGUCACCGACGGCACCUCCUUCUGGCACUUCUUCAACACCUUCGCCGCCGUCACCAAGGGCGCCGGUGCCAAGAAGGUGCUCUGCUCGCCGGACUUCACUCGCGACACCAUCUUCAACUCUGCUGCCGUCCUCUCCGUUCCCUCCGGCGGCCCCACUGUCACCUUCGACGCCGACGAGCCUCUCCGGGAGCGAGUCUUCCACUUCUCCCGCGAAGCCAUACAGAGGCUCAAACAAAGAGCCAACGGCAAUAUCAACGAAUUAACGGAAUCCGUGGAAGUCAUGGGAAAACAGGUUAAUGACGGUUGGAAAAUCGCUAACGGUAACGGAAAGAUAACGACAACGCGCUUGGCUAACGGAAACGGAAGGAACGAGAUCUCAUCGUUUCAGUCGUUGUCCGCUCAGCUUUGGCGUGCGGUGACGCGUGCGAGGAAAUAUUUGGAUGUUUCCAAAACGUCGACGUUUCGUAUGGCGGUUAAUUGCCGCCACAGGUUGGAACCGAAGAUGAAUCCGUUUUACUUCGGCAAUGCUAUUCAGAGCAUUCCAACGGUAGCAACCGUUGGAGACAUAAUCUCAAAAGAUCUGCGUUUUUGCGCGGAAUUGCUUCACCGAAACGUCGUCUCACACGACGACGCUACGGUGCGCCGCGGCAUAGAGGAUUGGGAGAACGCACCGAGGUUGUUCCCGCUUGGGAACUUUGACGGCGCAAUGAUCACUAUGGGAAGUUCUCCGCGUUUUCCUAUGUACAACAACGACUUCGGGUGGGGUAGGCCCUUGGCCAUUCGGAGCGGAAAAGCGAACAAGUUUGACGGCAAGAUCUCUGCGUUUCCGGGGAGAGAAGGAAACGGCAGCGUCGAUCUUGAGGUCGUCUUGGCCCCUGAAACGAUGGCGGGGCUUGAAAACGACGUGGAGUUUAUGCAGUACGUAACGGAGGCCGUGUGAGGGGGUUAAGUCGCAACGCACAGUAGUGAUAGUGAAAACUCGGGACUGAGAGUGAAAUUAUAAGUCGGUGAUGAAACGACGGUAAGCGGUGGAAACGGAUGAUCACACGACAAUAAAACAAUGGGUUGGACGUCGUUUUAUAUCUCGGUCAAACUUUCGCGGGGUGGGGUCAGUGUGCUAAGGCUGUGUUUACUGUUUGUGUGGUUGGCCCUACCAAUAUAAUGAUUUUCUGUACGUGAUUUGGGGGCAGUUUUUCAGUUUUCACUUUUCAGGUGACCAAUAACAGGAUGGAAAAUUAAUAAUAAUAUUGAUAAAUGGGAAUUGAAAAUAAAAGGAAAUUAUGUUAAAGCCAAAAUAGGCUUUUGGAGUUUUCUUUUAGCAAUUUUGUGAGGUAUGUGUCGUGUCCCUUUUCCUUUUAUAUAUGAAUUGAGUGAAGAUAACGAUAUCAUUGAUUGGAAGUUGGAGCUCUGUCAUUGAGGAUAUAGUUGUGGAUAAAGAAUAAGAGAUAUAAUGUGUGUGCAUUUGGAAUAUAAUCAAUAUAUUUAACAAUUGGAUUGUGAAAUUAAACCGCAAGGGCCCCCACCAAGUGGCUUAGCAUUUGAGAUGCUCCG